AAAUAGGGAGUGAGGAAUGGCUGAAAUUUUCCGCGCGUUGUGCUUAUGGCUCGGCGUAUGCCUCUGCGCCGGAUAUGGAAUGUACGAAGAUCAAAUCGGGAAAUUCGAUUGGCAUCAGGAGUAUUUGGGGAAAACCAAACUUGCUGUUUUUGAAAGAUCCGCAGUAGGUGGAGGUCGAAGAAUUUUUGUCGCCACAGAAAAAAAUGUGCUGGCCGCCUUAAAUCCCAAAAACGGCGUCGUCCAGUGGCGCAAGGUCUUCGAAGGUAAUGAUCCGGGAGAAGUCAAAUUCCUCGGACUUGGAGAAAAUGUGAUAACUGUGACUGCGGACGGGUUGGCGCGUGGAUGGGAUCCCAUUUCUGGUGCGCUUCAUUGGCAAAUUGAUGUGUCUGUGAACAAUGAGAAAAAGUGUGAUUGGAUUACGUAUGCUUUGGACGAGGUGGACAAUAUUUUUGUAUUUUGUGGCAAUGUUGGAGAAAAAUCGAUCAAUGCGCAAGUUUUCAAGUCUGAACCUUCAGCUAAUUCGGCGUCAAUUGCUGAGCACUUUCUUCCAUGCCAAUGGCUCCGUUCUAACACUAGGUGCACCGCAGUGGGGCACGUACUGGCAUGUCUGAAUCCUGAGGAAGAAACCAUUGCCAUGUUGGACCUUCGCGGUAUCCUAAGUUCGAAUCCGGUAGAAUUUAGUUUUCACUCCCUGACGUCAGGAAAGCUUGGAGACUCUGUGAAGACCAUUCUUGGUCGCAGUCCCACCGUCUCCGCAUUGCGAGGUUUGGAAAUGCAGCCUUAUCUUGUGAUUGAGUCGAAUGUCGGAUACUACGCUGUUCUGGAAAUAUCGCUGAAUUCAGAGCCAAAGCUUGUUUCGAGUGGAACGGUUCCCGAUACGUUGAUAGCAGGCUCCAUUGCUGAUGAUAAACCGUACCUAAUAAUUCUCGAAAGCAAUAUGAAGGUCACUAUUCUUGAUCUUCUCACUGGUACUUCUCACAAGGAAUUGCUUAACAUUGGAAAUUUGAAGGCCGAAAGAGGAAAUGUUGAAAGCAUGCACGUACAACUCUUCGUUAAGAAAGAAUCUGGAACUAUUAGUUCCCGAAUGAUGUUGACGAUGCAAGACUUUUCUUCGCUCAUGGUUCAAGUGCCCGGCAAAAUGUUGUGGACGAGAGAAGAAGCCUUGGCCUCAGUUGUGGGUGUUGAAAUGGUUGAUUUGCCGAUGUCUCUGCGCGAAGUCAGUGUCGAAAAGGAAUUCAUGAUUUCAGGAGGGCCGUUUUCAAUGUUCAUUCAACGGAUCACUUCCCAAUUUUCUCAAAUUCAUCAAGUGGGAAUGACUCUUCUCGGAAUUAUGGAGCAGGAAAUAGGUCUCCGUCCGGAUGAAAAACCGAUCCUUGAGCGAGACGAGUUCAAUCUAAAAAAACUGAUAGUUCUUGCGACGCAACCCGGGAAACUUUUUGGUCUGGAGAGUGGCAACGGGAAAAUAGUGUGGGCAACUUUUUUGCCAAAUCUCGCGCCCCUAUCUCGAGAACAGUCAAGUAUACCUGGAAUUGACGAUUUACCCAAGUUCACGAAGGAGAAAAUCCUUCUGUUUCUGCAAAGAACGUCUUCCCACUACCCACAUUUGCCAUUGAUGACUGCUGUUGGUCAGAAGAAGGAUUCUGAAGGGGGUUACAUUGUUGCAUUCAAUCCUAUCUCUGGAACACUUCUGGAGUCUCAUCCAACGGGUUUGGAGCUUGAUUUUCGACCCGUCGUUGCGUCGGUGAUUCAUAAAACUGAUGAAAAUAGUCUUCAUCCAAUUUUAAUUUUGGGGGACGACGGAAAAGUGAAGUGCUUUCCAGAAUCGUCGGUGUCAUCUGUUUAUGAAUUCAGGAAUAAAAUCUUCUUGUACACGAUUGAUCAAGGAAAGGGACUCAUUCGUGGGUAUGGAUUGCAACCGUCGUCAAAUACGGUAUUGGAAACUGAACAGCUGUGGCAGUUGAAUUUGCCGGUGAACGAUCAAGUUCUGACUGUGACGAAGCCGAAGGAUAUUUGGGAAAAGGUUCAUUCCCCAGGCAGAGUGAUGGGAGACCGCAGUGUCUUGUACAAGUACAUAAAUCCAAAUUUAUUUGCCGUUGUAGGCGAAGGAUAUGAUCCUAAUAACAAAUAUUUCAUCAAUGUAUAUCUGGUUGACGGUGUAACUGGUCAAAUAGUGACCUCCGCAAAUCAUAAGAGAGCACGAGGACCUGUGUAUGUUGAACAUUCCGAGAACUGGUUGGUUUAUUCUUACUUCAACGAAAAGCUGAAACGAAUGGAGGUUGCGACUAUGUCCUUCUACGAGGGCAAUGUUGAACGAGAUGUUCCUGAGAUUUCAUCCCUCCAUCCCCCAGCGAAUUCGAUAAUGGUUGAAAAGCAAGCCUAUAUUUUCCCUGCCGGAUUCAUUAAUGCCAUGAGGGCGACGGUCACGGAGAAGGGAAUCACUUCUCGUCAUAUUCUGUUUAGCAUUCCGAGUGGACACAUAGUGGAGAUGCCGUGGGCGUGGCUCGAUCCCAUGAGACCAAUGCACAUGGCGCAGAUGACCCGAGUCGAGGAUCUUCCUCCGUACGUGCCUGAGCUUGCCCUGCCGAUGGAGGCCAGAAUUAAUUAUAACAUAACGUUGAGUCGGGUGGAUGAUAUUUAUACGGCCGCAAGUGGGCUUGAAUCCACAUGUCUGAUGCUUGCGUAUGGUUUGGAUCUCUUCUCAUCUCGAGUGACUCCCUCGAAAACUUUCGAUCUGCUGAAGGACGAUUUCGACCAUGUGUUCAUUGCUGUUGUUCUUGUUGGGCUUCUCGGGGCGUCUUAUAUAACCAAAUACUGGGCAUCUAGAAAGACUCUGGCCCAAGCCUGGAAAUAGCUUGAAGUUAACUUCAUUUUCUCUACGUUAGACUUCUUUGAGCCCUCCCCAAUCCGUCUUCGAAUUAUGUAUAGCGGCGGAAAGCCUAACUUUUUUGUUUUCGUCAGUUGUAUUUUGGCAUGCGUUCGUGUUACGGAAAUCCCUCUGAUGGUGAAAGAACAGCUUGCCAAAAGUCGGCACUGUUGCAAUGCUGUGAUCUCCCGUAGCUGUCAUCGAAUCCUCUUGACAUUGAUGUCUAAGCAAUGUUCAUGACCGUUUUGACAAAUAAACUAGUCGAAUGAG